GCUGCUCAUGGUGAAGAUGCUGCGGCGCCAGCUCGCCCGCCUUCCGAGGCGAAGCUGGCGCGGCGCAAGCGCCGCCGUCAGGCCCUGGCGGCCAGGCGGCGGGCGACGGCGGCUGGUUUUGCUGGAGCUGCAGGCGCGCCCGCGCCCGCGGCGGAGGUAGCAGCGGACGCCAUGUUCGUGGAGGCGAAGACCUCGUUGCUCGAUGACGUCUGGGCUGAUACGCCUACUUGCCCGUCGGCGCGGCGGCGAAGGGCGCGGCUGGCCCGGGCUGCGGAGGCGGCGGAGGCGGCCUCGUGUGUGGCAGCUGGUGCUGCCGGGGGCUUGGCGGCUGGUGCUGCUGGCCCUCGGGAGGGUGCUGCCGCGGCGGAGGCGGAACCAGUUUCUGGCGGAGCUGUCGCCGCGGGCAUGCGCGACGUGGGCGAGCAGGACGAGCGCGCGGCGGCGUUCGCCGAGCUCGUGGACUGGUUCUCCGACCCGUCCGCUACCGAGGGCCUCUCCUUCCUCACGCUCGCCCAGCUGCGCGCCGUCGCGGUGCAAAAGCGGAAGGCCGCCCACCCGCAGUCCAGCCUCGCCGCCGGCGCGGCCCCCGCCGACGAGCCGCCCGCCGCUGGCAGCAGCGACCAG